AUGGCCGGAAAACCUAGUGAGAAGUUAUUCCGCCGUGAAAAUUAUCUCAAUGUUCAGAUAACUUACAUGAAGAUAGUGGGAAUGUUUCCUAUCGAUUAUGCCAAGUUCCUCCCUCAACGUCUGGAAUUCCUCUCAAGUGUUCUCAACCGGAUGUAUUUUGCUUUUUGGCAGCUCAUCAGCAUGCAUAUUGCCAUUGUGCAGAUUGCAAGUGUCUAUGUUUAUUGGGGGGAGAGUUUGGAUGAGCUUUCGCCGUAUCUGAAUAAUAGCGUCAUUUAUCUUUUCACAUACUUCAUCAUCACCUAUUUUCAAUUCAAGUACAACUCUCAUGCAAAACUUAUCGCUUAUAUAAAUGAGAAUUUUGAGAUGCGCUCAGCCCAAGGACUUACGUAUGUUACUAUAGAACCAGCUUACAAAGCUGCCAAAAGAUUCACCAAUAUCUGGGUAAUAUCUUGCAUUUUUGGCACGUUGCAUUGGGCGUUUUCACCCAUUUUGACCGGUGUUCGUGCACUUCCGCUCCAAUCUUGGUACCCAUUUGAUGCUCUGAAGAGUCCUCAAUACGAAAUUUUGUACGCUUGCCAAUGUCUGGGCCAAAUUAACGUAGCAAUUGGAUUUGGAAUUGUUGGUGCAAUGCUCAUGAGUAAGAUAACACUCGUCAAUGUGCAGUAUGAUAUGCUAUUCUGCAGUAUUAAAAAUUUACUGUACACCGCAAUGAUACUCAAGGGAAAUCGUAUGAAAGAGCUGAAAAAAUUACAAGAUGCUAUCGAUUGGUCCAAGAGUGAGGUCAAUGAGUACUACGUGAGUAAAGACAUUCUGGAGAAUUUGUCAGACAUUCCAGAGACAAAAUGCUCACAAGUUCCACACUCAAAGAGGAAACCGGAAGAUACUUAUCUGAUGGAGUACAACGAUGAAUUGAUGAUGGCUCUCAGGGACUGCAUAAAACAUCAUCAAAUGAUUAACAUAUUCUGUAACAAAUUAGAAGACUUUUACAAUGCUUUCAACUUUGGAAAAUUCUUUCAAGUCACUAUUCUCAUCUGCCUCUUAGCCAAUUUACUCCUUUCAGCUGAAUACCUCAGCUUGGCCUCCUCAGAAUUGCUAAUAUUUUGUCACUAUGCCAGCAUGAUAACAUAUCAGAGUACUCGUCUCAAUGAGGCCAUAAUUCGUAGUCCAUGGUACAUGUGUGGUGGACCAGUGAGGAGAGAUAUGUUAAUAAUGCUGACAAAUACCGUGAAACCUUUCGUCCUUACUGGUGGAAAGUUUUUCCAAGUAACCAUUGAUAACUUUCGUACGACGAUGACUGCAUCAUUCUCGUACUACACCCUUCUCACCAAAUUUCGACGUGUAGAUUGAAAUUGAAAACACUCCUAUAC